AUGCAGCAUGAUUUUGGUUAUCAUGUUGGCUUUGGUGAGAUCAAGCCUGUAAAUAGCCCCACAAAAGAACACUCUGUUUGCAUGGACAUUCUUCGCCUGGGAGUCGCAUCAAAAAGGUCAAUCGACAAAUGGCAUUUGGGUGAUUGUCUUGCGUUUAUGAUCAAUAACCUUGAUAUGUUGUCCAACAUUGGUCACUGCUUUUGGAACCAUUGCAAUACUAUUGACGCUACUCUCAAUGUUGAGCCAACUGUCCUCAUUCCACCCCAUAUUCCCCACUCGACAACACCUGGUGAGAAAGACGUUGACUACAGUUGGUGGGAAAGGCCUCCUUACUCUUUUUUGAACCCGAUCGAAAAAUGCUGGUCAAAAAUAAAGAGUAAUAUGAAGAGAAAAACCCUUGAUAACGCAGAUACUUUGACAUCUCGCCUUCCUGCAGCUUGUGGAUCAGUUACUGUUCAGGACUGUCAAGUUUGGGUUAGACAUGCUGAGACCUUCUGGGAUAGGUACAUUAAUAAAGAACUAGGCUUAAGAAACUCACAGUACCCAAUCCUUCCUUCUCAGGAUGACUCAGACCAAUCAUAA